AUGCGGUUCGCACUGCAAGUUAUAGGGCUGGGGGCCGCAGUAUACAAAGCGGCGCGUAUCGGCGCCAAUGAGCUGCAGGCGCUCUCUCGCCUGUCAAGCGUGGUUCCCGACACGUUGCUUUUGGAGACGCCGGUGCAGCUGAAGGCGGCGACCGUCUCUGCCCAGGUCUUGAAGGGAGUGUUGGCAUCAGGCCAGCUAGGCCUGAAGCCCUUCAUGAAUGCCAUCGAGAAUUCGCUGACAUACGACAAGUGCCUGCAGCUGCAGGGCGCGGAGCGCGCGUCAUGCCAGCUGGACAAGGCUCUCGCAAACGUUGGCAGCAUGCUGGCGCAGCAGGUGGAGGGGCGCGUGGCCACUGAGCUGGACCCGCGCCUCGCGCACGACAAGGACGCGCUGGUGGCGAGGGCGCGGGGCAUCCUGGCGUUGUACCAGGAGAUGGGAGUGCCCCCCAGCAAGCUCAUCUUCCGCGUGCCCGCCACGUGGGCGGGCAUCCAGGCAGCGGCGGCGCUGGAGGCGGAGGGCACCGCCACGCAGGUCUUCCACAUCUACAGCCUGAUCCAGGGCAUCGCGGCGGCGCAGGCUGGCGUGAGCGUCAUCCAGCCCAACGUGGGGCGCACGCGCGACUGGUACAACAAGCACCCCGGCGUGAUCAGGGACCCCCACGGCCCGCGCGAGGACAGCGGGUUUGCCAGCCGCGUGGACCCCGGGCUGCAGCUGGUGCGGCGGCUGUACGGCUACGUCAACGCGCGGCACCCCAAGACGCAGGUCAUGGCCUCCGGGAUCCGCACCAAGGACGACGCGCUGGCGCUGGCGGGCUGCGACUACCUGGUGCUGUCAGCACGAGUUAUGGCCGACCUGGAGGCCAGCCCCACGCUGCAGGGCUACAACUCCGGCCUCAAGGCCACCGCCUCCGCUGACGAGGACGAGGGCGUGCCGCGCGCGCUGGCGCCGGACACCCUGGGCGACGACGAUGACGUGGCGCCGCUGGGGGCUGUGACUGAGGAGGCCUUUAACGACGGCCUGGGGCUGGCUGGCAGGGAGCUGCUGGACCAGGGUGUGGCGGGCAUGGUGGCCGACAUCCGGGGCGUCCUGCCCUACUUUGAGCAGAUGGCCGUCAGCGCCGAGUGA